AAAAACUGUGUAACUGUGUUACAUUACACACGUCAAUUCUGUCCUAUUCGCAAGUCAAACAUGGGAACCUCUUGCAUAGAAGCUCCACCGCUUGUUCAAGACCUGAAGGUCAUCAUCCACAAAACUUCAAUGGUUUUCCCAUCCAAAGAAACUCAGAAGAAGUCCUUGUUCCUAUCAAACAUAGACAAGGUCCUCAAUUUCGAAGUGCAAACUGUUCACUUCUUUGCAGCAAACAACGAUUUUCCUCCCCAAACAGUGGCUGAGAAGUUCAAGAACGCUCUACAAGAUUCUCUAGUGGUCUAUGACUUCUUAGCUGGAAGAUUGAGGCUGAACUCCGAAACCAAUAGAUUAGAGAUAAAUUGCAACGCAAAGGGUGCUGGGUUUGUGGUGGCUUCUAGUGAGUACACAUUAAAUGAGAUUGGAGACUUGGGUUAUCCUAAUCCAGCUUUUGCGCAACUUGUUCACGAGAGUCAAGAUUUCAUUGAACCAGGUGAUCAACCACUAUGUGUUGCACAGCUUACAUCCUUCAAGUGUGGUGGUUUUGCUAUCGGAUUCACAACCAGCCAUACGACCUUUGAUGGGCUUAGUUUUAGAACUUUCUUGGACAACCUUGCUGCAUUGGCUUCCAACAAGCCCUUGACUGUGAUACCCUGCCAUGACAGGCAACUCCUGGCCGCGCGAUCGCCUCCACGUGUCAGCUUCCCCCACCCUGAGUUGAUCAAGCUCGAUAACCUCCCCACAGGCCUUGAGAAUGGGGUCUUUGAGGCUACCAAAGAAGAACUUGACUUUAAGGUUUUUGAACUAACAUCUCAGAACAUCAUGAGCCUUAAGGAGAAAGCUAAAGGUAGCAGUGUUGGUCGUGUCACCGGGUUUAACGUUAUCACUGCUCAUAUAUGGAGAUGCAAGGCAUUGUCUGGACCAGAUGAUCCUACUAGGUCAUCUACAAUACUAUAUGCUGUGGAUAUUCGUUCAAAGUUUGAUCCUCCGUUACCCAAAUCAUACACCGGAAACGCUGUGUUAACGGCGUAUGCCACAGCGAAGUGUAAGGAUUUGGAGAAAGGUUCAUUCUCAAGCUUGGUUGAGAUGGUGACAGAGGGUGCAAAGAGAAUGAAUGAUGAGUAUGCAAGGUCUAUAAUAGAUUGGGGAGAGUUGUAUAAUGGUUUUCCACAUGGGGAGGUUUUAGUGUCUUCAUGGUGGAGAUUGGGGUUUGAAGAGGUAGAGUAUCCAUGGGGAAAGCCAAAGUAUUGCUGUCCAGUGGUGUAUCACAGGAAGGAUAUUAUACUAUUGUUUCCUCCUUUCGGUGGAGGUGAAGGUGAAGGUGGUUGUGGUGGUAAUGAUGGGGUAAAUAUUAUUGUGGCUCUUCCUCCUAAGGAAAUGAAAAAGUUUGAGAGCCUCUUUUACUCGUUCUUGAUCUGAGUUUGAUGGAAACUAUCGGUUUUUUCUCAUGACAUGGUUAUCAAUAUCCUUAAUUACAUAUGUUGUGUAUAAUAAGUGAUGACUGGUAUUUUAAUGUGGAUGAUAUGCAUUACUCUUUAUCUGUAAACGAUUAUUUUCAAUUGACAAGUUGUUAUAUAGGAUUUCGGUU